AUGACUCGUCUAGAGACAUGUCUCCGUCCUUUACGGGGAUAUUUCGAGGCGACAACCAGUGUUCUGAGUUCUUACUGCGACUUGCUCGACUCAUAUCUAUCAUACCAGGCCACCACUUCUGAUGCAUCACGCUUGAUCAUCAGGCUGUCAGCAACGAAAGAAUGGGCAGAAUUGCAGCCCAGGUUGCUGGGGCUACCCACGGGGACGGUCAAGGUAGUCUUGCCAGAUUUUGAAGCAAUUUGGGCUGAAGUAGUGGCAAUUCUUGACGCUGUUCUGCUUCAAGAUCCAACCAAAUGCAGUCUGGAGUUCUGGAAUCAGCAAGUCAACUACCGCGGUCUGAGAGUACAGCCCGUCGUCAUAUUAGUAUGCGACACGCUCAUGGAUCUAUCACCCGACUUCAAGGAUUGGAUCAUGCAUAUCAUAAACUCUCAGCCGCGCUAUCAUGAUGUUCAGGGUGAUCUCCAAGCUCAGUUCAAGGCACGUGAGUUGCUGGGCGCCAACACUAUCCCCGAGAUGGCCCGGAUAAUCACUACAAUUCCUCAUGAUUAUGAGACGAUCUGGGGUGGAGUUGCUGUAUUUGCCAGAUUGGUCCAGCAUAUGAUUGAUCACCACCAAGAAAUGAGAACCUUCUCGAGCGGUAAUCCUACUCUCAACCAGUACCUCAACGAACUAGUGGAUCAUCAUCGCGCUCUGGUCUCCGACCCCUUCACAAUAACGCCCUUAGCACUACGUCAGCAACUUGCAUCGUGCGAUGUCCGUGGUACAGCCAGGCUGCUAGUAUGGGAUGCUGCGGCACUCUCAGACCAACCCUCUUAUACUGGCCUUCCUUGGGACAUGUUCAAGAACUUCGUCGACGGUCUCAUGCACUUUGUCGGUGCGCUUGGACCAGUGUGUAUCGGUCAUGUACGAACAGCGCUCUUCAUGCUUCGAUUAGAUUGCUUCCUGGAACCCGACGCUGCGAAAGAUGACACAUGGACCUGGUUACCCGAGGAAUGGGACGAUGAGUACGAGUCUGACGGCGAGUUUGAUCCAGAUGAUCUACCAGAAGUCUGCUUCGAACCUAUCGGCCCCACUAUCAAGACUGAACAGUAUGCCUUCGCUGUCACCAAUAUUCUUGAUCUCCCUGAAGAAGACUGCUCAAUUUGCCGUGAUACGCUCAACGUUCAUGAGACUGUACGCGACGAAGUCCCGGUCAAGAUAGAUUGUGGCCACACUUUCCACUACGGCUGUCUGAGUACCCUGAUCAACGGUAUUUCCAAGUUUUCCAAUUUAUGUCCUAACUGCCGGCAAAAAAUAUGUCCCCGAAGACCCAAACGGCUGAAAGACGAUGAAGAACUCCAGAGUGCGCGAUUUUCGGGGGAACAAGAUGAGGUAGAACCAGUGCGUUCUCUCCAGGACAGGUAUGGCGAUGUGGUUAUGACGGAUGAAUGA